AGCAGGGCUUGUUUGUAUUAUGUUUCAUUGUUCCCUCACAAGCAUACACCAUUACUCACACAUCACACUCUCUCUCACUCUCUCAAAUAAACUUGACCCCUCCAUUUCUCAUUUGUGCUUAUUCAGUCCCCCACACCUCCAACAAACCACCAUCAUUCUUCCUCUUCCUCUCCACAACAACUCCCACUUUCUCACCCUGAUUUAUACUCUCAAACCCUCAGAUCUAUUACACCAUCAACAUAACAACAACAAUGGAGGUGCUCAAGAGUUGGGAGUGUGAAACCAGUAGCGAGGAAGAAGAACACAACAACAGCAACGAAGAUAGCGUACAUAGCGUUGCGUUCGCACUAGGUACGGUGGUUUUAAUGGUGUGUCUGAAGAGGUUUCUUGUUGAGCAAUGGCGCGCUUGGGUCUUCCUUCUUCUCAAUGUCAUCCUACUCGCCAUUUUCUUCAUGUCUACUAAGAAACCGAGAUGGAGUGUUCAGACUCAAGAAAGCCAAAACCGUAUCCAACCAAUCAAAACUCAUUUAAAAAAAGAUAGUGUCCCGCCGCGUUCCGAAGAAAGUAAGGAGUGCAGUGAAAAUAAUGUGAGCGCCAACAAAAAGAUAGACGGGGAGGAGGACGAGGGCGAAGAGGAGGAGGAGGAGGAGGAGGAGGCAGUGGCGGUGCUUUCAAAAGAGGAGCUGAAUGAGAGAGUGGAGGCGUUUAUAGCCAUGUUUAGGCAGCACCUGAUCUCCGAUGUCAAACAAGGUUUCAACUUCCCCCAAACGGCCAAUUUGAGGACGCGCCCUAACAAGAUUCAAGUUUCUUGCUGUUGACAAAUUAUUACAUUUUUUAUUUUAUUUUUAAAUUCAUCUUGUGACUUGUGAGAUUAAUUAUAUUCAAGUUUCUUUCAUAUUUAAA